AUGUUUCGUCUUACGGCGUGGGUUAUACGUAAAGCGUUAGAAAAGUCACCAACAAAUCAAAAGCUAUCGCUAGAAGAAAAAAUACGCCUGUACGAGGAAAAGCUGCAAGAGGAGGAAGAAAAUGAUACUAAUAAGAAGCAGGAGCAGAUUGCCAAGCAAACUGUUGAACCGACGGAUUGUUUCCAAACGACCGGAACAAUUACGGAGGUGAGGGCAGACUACGUCAUCAUCGAUGGCAUCUAUUUCGUGCCGAAAACUUUGCUGAAAAACACCGAUGCGGGUGCACAUGUGGAGGAAAACACAAAACUUCAGUUCCUGGCCAAUCGUAAAACGGACCCACUGUCGGGAGAAACGUCGACGAAGGUGGUGAAAAUAAUAUCCAUACUAGGCAACCAAUGGAGCAGCGGUGCUGGUGACAUAGCAGCAGCAGAAGAGGAAGACUGGAAUCAACCAUUGGAUUCAAGCAGCACGAACGCGACCACAUACUACAAGACCAAUAGGCGCCGUGAACCGGGCACCGUGAUCGGCAGUGAGAACGACAUUCUGAUAGUGGAAACUGACGCCGGAGAUCCGAUUAGUGUUAACAUUGACAAAACCCGCAUGUCGUUCGUCCCCGCAAUGGGAGACUAUGUUACGCUGGAUUGUGUCGUACAGAUAGACGGCACGUUUGUGGACUUAAAGGGCGAAGUGUUGGAAGUGGUGGGCAUAGAACCGGCCCGCAUCAUUGCCGACAUCGGUACAAUCGCUUCGAGUGAGCCGGAGGGUGGCGAGAUUCGUACCACUACCACUAACAGUACGGUUAUCUAUCAGAGGACCAUACUGACCGACUAUCGACCGAAAACGGGUGACCGGGUGGAGUUUAAAGCCGUCGAAAACGUGCACGUACGAAUGCGUUGCAUCAGCAUCAAGCUGCUCGCCUCAGCGAUCAUAAAAACGUUGGAAAAUGAACAUACUCAGCGACCAUUCGAAACCGAUCGACCGAAUCGACCGAGUACCUUGUGGCAGGAUAAGCACGGUAUAUGUAUUACCGGUGAUUUCGAUGUCACGCUCAAGCAUGGUGAAGAUCGGACGAUCCAGAACGUGAAGAUAAAGAACGAAUCGGACAAGCCGCACAAGAUAAUAAAAAUGCUCGCCCCGAAAGGUGAGAUGCCUCAGGUGCGUCUUAAGAAUCCACUCGUACACACACAAAUAUACGUGUAUCCGGGUGAGACGGUCGAAUACGAGUUUGAGAUAUCGGGCCGAGAUAUAUUCGGUCGGAACGAAGAAUCUUGCGUAUGGAUCUUCAAUCAAGGGCUCGGUACAUUUCGCAUUGGGCGCAUUUUUCGCAUCACGGUAGGCGAUUCGACGGGCGACGCAAAAAAGCUAUGGGGCGGAAGCAAUUCGUACUGCAAGAGGCAGCUUGCCCUGCUUAACAUGAGACGUGCACCGGGCAGUGUAGUGUCCGGGCGUUGCUUUGGCAAUCGUUCAAACUUUAUCGCUAACCCACUACCCUCGUACAAUGUGCCGUCGGAGUUGUACGACAUCCUGCUAACGACGCCGAGUCGGUCCGAGGUGAAAAACGUCCUCGAACGACCUCCGUACUGUUUGAACGAACCGCUGUCUCCCUUGAACUAUAGUAGGCUGAUGAAAAAUUUCAUCUAUCUUGAGGAAAUAGCGUUGCAGAUCGAGUUCCGCAAGCAUGACAUCGAGCGGGCACAUUUUACCACCGAGGAUAGCUUUCUUGCGCUGGAAGUGACGAACAUUGCUGAAGCGCGACCCUCUAUUAUGGUGGGCGACACCGUAUGUGCCACUGCCCCAUGGACGAAGGAUACGACCAUCUAUCAGGGCAUCAUACACCGAGUGCUGCACAGCCGUGUGCUGCUCAAGUUUGACCAAACGUUUCACGCACGGUACAAUGGCGAAAGUUACGCGAUACAGUUUACCUUCGGGCGUUCCAUAUUCCGCAAGCAGCACCACGCCAUCAAGCGCAUCCAACGAACGUUUGGAUUUCAGUAUCUGUUUCCGGAGCGAUUGGAGCUACGGGAACCGCUGCUUAGUGUGCGCCUUAACGCGUCCACCAACGAUAUGAUACUGGACGAGAAAACAGUCGAAGGUAAAAUGGUAAAACGUGUAUUACCUUGGUAUAAUGUUGCACUUAAUCGCUACCAGAAGCAAGCCGUCGUGAACGUACUACGGGGUGAGGCACGUCCCAUGCCGCACAUCAUCUUCGGACCACCGGGAACGGGUAAAACGGUCACCGUUAUUGAACUGAUACAUCAGCUAGUAGCGAAUGUGCCGAGUUCUCGGGUGAUGGUUGUUACCCCGUCCAACAGUGCUGCCUACCUCAUUACGGAACGGUUGGCACGUGGUGGCAUACUACAGCCGGGCGAUUUUAUACGACUCGUUGCCAUGAGCCAGGUCGAGCGGGAAUCGAUACCGGAACAUCUCGCCCAAUACUGUGCCACCGUCGAUGUGGCGGACGAACGUAGCACGUUCGGCGAUGUGCUUGUAACGGAGUCGGGACUGCGCAUGAAAUUCCAGGCUAAACACAUUGGCCGGCACCGGAUAACGAUCAGCACUUGUCUGGGUGUCGGUUCGCUGAUGUUGAUGAACUUCAAUGCGAACCACUUCACGCAUGUCAUCAUCGAUGAGGCUGGACAGGCGAUGGAACCGAACACGUUGGUACCAAUUUGUCAGGUUAGUCGAUCGGUAGGGUCGGUCGUGCUGGUAGGUGAUCCGAAGCAGCUCGGCCAUUCCGUUCACUUCGCCGAGAGUGAGGAAUGGAACUUCAACAUGUCACUGCUGGAACGGUUGCUCAGCCGACGGUUGUACACCGUCGAUCGGCAGCGAUUUUCCGACGACGAUACGGCCGGUUACGAUCCACGGCUGGUGACGAUGUUGCGCAUUAACUAUCGUUCGAUCCCGUCCGUUCUAUCACUGUACAAUGAUUUAUUCUAUGGCAGUUCACUCAAACCAUACCAACCCGUCGUGACCGAAAAGGAGAUUGAACUGAUCGAUGCCGUUCGUGAUAUUUUGCAACUGCAACCAGCAGCAGACGAAAAAACUGCCCGUAAUGGGUUCUUUUUCUGUGGCAUCAACGGGACGAAUAAACAGUCGCCCGAAAGUCCGUCGUGGUUCAAUCCGGCCGAAGCUUGCAUGGUGCACAAGAUCGUAGAACGGUUGUACCGGGGUGGACGUUGCGUACCGGACGACAUCGGCAUCAUUACACCGUACUUGAUGCAAGUGCGUAGCAUCAGACGCAUAUUCGAUGCGGCAUCACUCGAAUCGCCUAAGAUUGGUUCGGUGGAAGAGUUCCAGGGGCAGGAGCGUAAAGUAAUCAUCCUGUCGGCGGUACGAUCGUCCUCGGCUUUUCUCGCACGCGAUGCUAGCACGAAGCUUGGAUUUCUAGCGGCACCGAAGCGCAUUAAUGUGGCCAUUUCACGAGCGAAGGUUGUGCUGAUUGUGGUGGGUAAUCCGCACCUGCUGGCGACGGAUAACAUUUGGGGAAGUUUGUUGCAGCGUGCGGUGGACGAUGGUACGUACUGUGGUUGUACGCUUCCGGCGGCCUUUUUGACGCGAUCGAUCGAUGCUGAGAAGGCGAAACUCCGGCAACAGAACAUCCGGGGAGAAGGGGAAGAGCAUACAGUUUUGCAGCGUCAGCACGACGAUGAUGAUGAGGAGUCUGAGCAGUAUUGA